CUUCCCCUCUCUCUCUCCUUCCCAUACUAAGCUUUUUUUUUUUCACAUUUUAUUGUAAGAUCCCCCUCUGCCUGUACUUCCCAGGCUGUCCACUCUGAGCUACCACUGUCUGUCACUGGCCUCUCUCUCCUCUGGACUGGGUGCCUAGUGAGGAUAGAGUCUGAAGUCCCAGCACCACUCAGCACAGAGCUGGGCACAGAAAAGACAUACACGAAUACAUUCGUUUCUGUGUUUUUCAUAAACAAAUGAAUUCCAAGAUUGAUAUUAUUGUCUUAUCUUACCUAUGAGAAUACAAAGUUCCAGAUAAUUUAAAUAAGUUGUCCAAGUCAUACAACUAGUGAGAAAAUGGUCAGGGAUUUGGAUUUGGGCAGCUUCACUCCAUAUUCUUAGUUCUCAACCAAUAUGCCAAAUGGCUAGUGGGCUGAAAACCAGCUUUCCUCUAAGUUAUAUACCCCCCUCCCCCAACCAGCCUCUUCCUUCUGGAAAUCUUCGGAAGCUUUGGGCACGGGGGAGGAGAGCAAGGCAGGAGGGUGGGGAGGGUCCGGAGAGUAGGAGUCAGUGAGCGACCAGUUGGAGAAUUAGGACUGGGGCUGAUUUAAAGGUGAGAGUGGGGAAGCCUUGAGGGGUUUCUCUAGGCCCAUAGGGGGCAGCCGGAAUCGGGUACGGGAGCUGCGGGGGCGGAGAAAGGGUGGGGACCGGCCCCGCGGGGGGCGAUGCGGUAGCUGUAGCAGCGGCCGCAGGAGUUUCCCACAAUGCAGCGCAGUGCGCUGUCCCCGGUGCUGAUGCUCAGCGCUGCCCCGGAGCCUCCGCCGCGCCCGCCUCCUGCCCUUUCUCCGCCGGGUCCGGGAUUGGGCCCGAGCUCCUGCCAUGGCUCCGUUCGGCCCGGUCCUGCCCCAGAGCCAUCGGGAGGCUUGGGCGCGGCUCUCGACAGCAACCUGAGGGCCGAGGAGGCGGAGGGUCAGCGGUGCUAUCGAGAAAAGAAGUUCCGGGAAGCGAUCGGCAAGUAUCACCGUGCACUGCUACAGCUGAAGGCGGCACAGGGGCCCCGACCUGGCAGCCUGCCCGCCCCCGCCCCCGGGCCCACCACCAGCCCGGGGCCGGCCCGCCUCAGCGAGGAGCAGCGGCGCCUGGUAGAGAACACGGAGGUGGAAUGUUAUGACUCUCUCACGGCUUGCCUGCUGCAGUCGGAGCUGGUGAACUAUGAUCGUGUGCGCGAGUACUGCCUCAAGGUGCUGGAGAAGCAGCAGGGUAACUUCAAGGCCACCUACCGCGCUGGCAUUGCCUUCUACCACCUGGGCGACUACGCACGUGCGCUGCGCUACUUGCAGGAGGCCCGCAGCCGGGAGCCCACAGACACCAAUGUCCUACGCUACAUCCAGCUGACGCAGCUGAAGAUGAACCGUUGCAACUUCCAGCGGGAAGACAGCGGGGCUGGGACCCAGACUCGGGAUGUGAUUGGUUGAAGCCAACCAGGGGGACUGUCUCUACUCCAACUCCCUCCCAACUUUCCAUAUAUCUUCCCCUGACUCUUGUGUUCUCUGGUAAAGCACUUGUCACUUGACCAUAACCUCUGUGUGUGGUGUUUUUUGUUUGUUUGUUUGUUUGUUUUUUUAGGAGAUUUUGC